AUGGAGGGUGAAAUAAUUUCAAGAGAAAACAUAAAGCCAUCUUCACCAACACCAGAUGAUAAGAAAACCCACAAGUACUCUCUACUCGACCAGAUAAUGCCACCUGUCUUUGUUUCUCUCGUCUUAUACUAUCCAAAUAUUAAUAAUAAUAAUAAUAUUGAUGAUUUCAUUUGUGAGACAACGCAAAUCCUGAAGCAAUCUCUCUCUACAACUCUCUCUCUCUACAAACCCUUAGCAGGCAGAAUCAAAGACUCCUUAUCCAUUGACUGCAACGACCAAGGUGUUCUCCUCGUCGUUGUCAAGUUUAAGGAAAACCUGUCUGAUUUCCUCAAGAAGCCCGACCCGAAAGCAUGCCGGGCCCACAUACCGGUCACACUCACGUGGGACGAACCGGGUCCCGGUUCCCACGUGGCCAUGCUCCAGGUUAACUACUUCUCUUGCGGCGGCGUAGCCAUUGGUUCACUUUUCUUUCAUAAAGUUGUGGAUGGGGUGUCGGUUGGUAGUUUCAUGAAAGCUUGGGCGGCCGCAGCUAGCGGUGGUCCGGCGGCAGCAAUCAUCCCGGACUACACAGCGCAGACUAUCUUCCCCCAGAACGAAUCCUUGCAGAGGGAGAACUGCUUACUCUCCGCCGCCAUGAGAAAAUACUUCAGAGUCGGGAAAACUGUGCUGCGGCGCUACGUGUUUGAUUCUUCCGCGAUAUCGAAACUUCGGGCAAAGAUGUCCCGGGAGAGCCUCGAGGGGCGCCCGCCGUCGAGGGUGGAGGUCGUGUCGGCCCUCAUCUGGAAGUGCUUCAUCGCUGCUUCUUCGUCGGAAAAGAAUUCGACGACGUCAGUUGCGGCUCAUGUAGUGAACAUGAGAAGAAAAGCGGACCCUGCUUUUUUGGAGCACAGCUUCGGCAAUUUCUUGUGGCUGGCACCGGCGGUGGCGGCGCCUGUCGACGACUCGGGCGGGGAUUAUUCGGUGGAGGCUUUGUUCGGGAAAGUGAGAAGCGCGAUAAGCAUGGUGGACGUUGAUUUCGUGAACAAGAUGCAAGGGGGAGGGGAAUUAGGGUUUUCCGGUUACUGGGAGAAUCUUCGAGUGACUCUAGACGAAUGCCCCGAGGAAGCGGAUUUCUUGUCAAUAUCGAGCUGGUGCAAUUUCGGUCUUUAUUCGGUUGACUUUGGGUGGGGGAAUCCAGUGUGGAUGAGUAGAUGCGAUUCUGGAAGCGACACGGAAUUUCCGUUCCUUAAUAUGCUUUGGCUUACGGACACGUGCGGUGGAGAUGGCGUAGAAGCGUGGCUGACGCUUGAUGAGAAGUGUUUUGCAGCUUUCGAUGAAAUUACGGAGAUUCAUGAUCUUGCUUCGGUGGAUCCUAGUCCAUUGUCGUCAUGA